CCUGGUGGGCUGCCGAACCGAGCUGCUGUGAGGAGAAUUUGACGAGCAAAGUUAUGUUUUUUAACUGACUAAAACAACGUUUCUGACCUUACCAUUCGUGAUGGCCUCCAGUGUGACCGAUGAUGACUACGAUUCCGACGACUCCUGUGGUAGCAGUGACACAGGGGGUGGUACAGACACUGAUACAGACAGUGGUAACGACUCAGAUGAUGAUACCCGAACCAGCGAUCAGACGACGGACAUUGGCAGUGAUGAUGAGGAGGACGAAGAGGAUGAUGAUGAAGAGACAGGGGGUGAUGAACCGAAUAUUGUCUGGAGCGGUCCCAGGAAAAGCGUUCCUAUCCUGUUAUUUCGGCCGGAGUGCAUGUAUGGCAAAGUCAAAAGGCUUUAUGCAACAGGAGAAAAAUACCACCUGGCGUACAAGUUGAUGAGGACAGAGUGCAAAGUAGUGCGGCAGAUUCUUCAGAAGCACGGAUUUCAUGACGUGCAUCCCAAUAGCAAUGACUUCAAUCUAAUGUGGACCGGGUCACAUGUCAAGCCAUACACCCUCCGAACCUUCACAGAAUUCCAGAAGAUCAACCAUUUUCCAAGGUCAUAUGAGAUAACGAGAAAAGACAGGCUAUAUAAGAACUUCCAAAGAAUGCAACAAGCAAAGGGAAGUCGCCAUUUUGAUUUUCUGCCGCAGACUUUUGUAACGCCAGCCGAGUACGACGACCUAAGUACUGCACAUAUGAAGGAACGCGGGACAUGGAUCGUUAAGCCAGUAGCGUCAUCAAGGGGACGUGGGAUCUCACUCAUCAAUAAUCCCCAACAUGUACCCAUGGAUGGGAACCAUGUAGUCUCAAGAUAUAUUAGCAAUCCACUUACAAUAGAUGGUUUUAAGUUUGACUGUAGAUUGUAUGUAGCUGUUACCUCAUUUGAUCCACUCAGGGCAUAUUUAUACGAAGAAGGACUUGCAAGAUUUGCCACAGUCCAAUACAACCACACCAAUAAGACAAUCAAAAACGUCAUGAUGCAUCUGACUAACUACAGCCUGAACAAACGGAGCAACGAUUACGUCAGAUGCAAUGAUAACAACAUUGAAGAUUACGGCAAUAAGUGGAGUUUUGGUGCGAUGACCAGAUACCUCAAGAAGAAAGGCAAAGAUGUCAAAGGUAUGCUGAGUCGUAUCGAGGACGUAAUUAACAAGACGCUACUCUGUGCUGAGCUCCCAGUUGCCACAGCUUGUAAGAUGUUCAUGCCACAUCGCGGAAACUGCUUCGAAUUAUAUGGCUUUGACAUUCUCCUUGAUGAGAAUUUGAAACCUUGGGUUCUUGAGGUCAACCUUUCUCCUUCCCUUGCAUGCGAUGCACCAAUUGACAUGAAGAUCAAAUCCAACAUGGUGGCUGAUCUAUUCAGCCUUACUGGGUUCAUAGCUCAGGAUCCAAUGAUGCGACGGGUACAGCAGAGUAAACGCAAUCAAGAUCUAGCAGCAACAAACACACUCAGGCAACAAAGGGCACGUAUAGGCGCUCAGUUCGUGCGUCAAAGACCUCAAUCUGCUGGUGUCUCCAGCCGUCCAGUCUCGGCCAAAAAAUCCAAAGAUGCGUCUUCAUCAUCAGACAAGAUGUUAACCGCUGAGGAGAGGAGGGUGGUUACUGAGAGCAAGGAUGAGUACCAGCGAAGAGGAGGAUGGCUUAGGAUCUUCCCUUCUCCGCUAUCUUGGGACAAGUACAAGAAUUUCUUGGAGAGUCGAACCAACAUGAACCAGAUCUUGCACAGCAAGGUGUAUCCAGACAAUUUAUGUGAUUUAUCAUCAGGCACAAGUUUGUUCAAUAGGUCAAAGAAAGUGGCCAAUUCCGUAAUGCAGGAAUUAGCUGACAGGGAGCUUGAGGAACAUCUCGGUCAGUUUAUGCGGAAACUCAUCACCUCAGAGAAUAACUCAGGACGAAAACAAGCCCGAAGCAAGGUGCGGCAACGCUUCCCAGGCAUAAAGAGAAUGUUCAGUGCGGGUGUAAUGAGAAGUGCCGCCAAAACAGACAAUCAAGACAGAGAACCGCUGGCCCAGGGCAAACUAGAAAACACAACGUCUGGUACCCAGGCUUCUAAAACCUCAUCAGUCCAGACAUCUAAACAGGGCUCCUCCUCCAUCACCUCAAGCCAGACCUCAUAUGCCAGUGGGAGCAGCAAGGCGGGGGCGAACCCAUCUGGGAAGCCGCCCAUCGUACCGGCCUCAACAAGCAGCAAAGACAACAAGGGGGCCAGAAUGGUGCUGGAGGUACAGAAGCAGCCGUCGCCGAAGGAGAUAAGGGAAUCAAUCAAUGUACCUGAGAUCAUGAACAGCGGUGGAGACAUUUCUAAGUUACAAGCCAGACAAGCAUUUGCAACAUACCUCCUUCGUGUUCAGCAGAGACUACUGGAGGAAACGAGUAAACCACCAGAGCUAGUGGAAGAAUCACCCGAGAAUGAUGAACAAAUGGAUUUGGUGCUGCGAUUCUUGAAGAGAGCAGCCAGCAACCUGCAGCAGCCGUUCAAAGUGAUAGUGCCAAGCCGUAAACUACCGCCCCACGAUAGGAGGAGAAUCUUAGCCAAGCAGCUUGCUGAUUUUGUUCAUAUUUACAAUAAGGAGACGGAUCAGAUGGACCUGCGCAGGAAGAUGGAUCAGAAACUGGGCAAUCAUUGCAAGGAUAAGGAGAAUCAGGGUGCCGUGAAGGAGGAGAGGUUUGGUCAAUUCACCACCAUUGCUAGCGAGAGUGAACUGGAGGAGCUCCUGACUAUGUACACCAAACAGAAUAAGUCUGCCAGCAUCUUCCUGGGUACCGGCUCCACACAGGCCAGCUACAAGAGCAUGACUGACAUCACGGCACGCCCCAUGUCAUCUCAGCCCAGGGGCAGUGCCAGCAGCACCGUUAUUCACCAUCGACACAACUCAAGCGAAGGCCCCACUGAUGAUCGUAACGGUGACAAUAGAACCAAAGAUACAGGAUCUGGUGAUGCCUCGACCCCUUACCCAGCCACCCAGAGGUCAAGACCCCAGUCUACCCCCAGUGGGGGUACCAGACCCUCAUCAUCUGAGGCAGCUAUAGCUGUAUAUGGAGCCCAAGCCAUGAGGCAACGUCCAGUGUCUGCCAAGACUGGCCACAGAGACACAGGUAGUAACCUGAUCACGAUGAACAGACCAGUGUCAGCGUAUGUGCGCAGGGAACCGCCCGGCGGCGAGAUAGCUGCACGUCUCUUCUCUGAAAGCAGCCAGCAAGCCAUACAGGAAGCACUACAGCGUCUUGCUCGCCGCCAAGCUGUCCGCCAAUACUCGGCCUCCAGCAGCCAGAACCAGACACAACAAUAUCUACAGCAUUACAACAGCGGCAGUGGCAGCAACGGCACGCCGACACCCAGUCCUCUCCAAUCCAGUCUGAAUCUAACCAGUGCUGCGCGGAACUCACUCGCAUCCAGGAGUACAAGCAACUUAAACAAUGCCCACCACACGAGGGGGCAAACCUGGGACGCGGGAAUGAAGAGCCAAAGUAGUAGUGUCUUAGACAGUAACGUGCAAACUAAAAAGACCUCUUCCCUGAGCCAGUCUGGUAACGCCAGCCAGCUACGGAGACAGUUUAGUCAGGACUCGCUGAACAAUUAUUCCGAGCCCAGACGAACCGAGCUGAGAAACGAUGAGAGGGAGAGUAACUUCUCAGACUCAAAUCCAGAGCUGAAUGGUUACCAACCCACGGGGAGCCAGCAUUUUCAGAGUGUCUUACAGCAGGAGGGAGCGAGAUUGUCCAACGUGAGCAGCGACGAGGGAGGCAGAGCUGCUCAGAAGCAGCCGUUGAGUCUACAGGAGAAGAAGCAGAUAUCGCAUGAUAUGACUCAGCUGAGUAAGAUCAAACACCAAGAAAAGAUCGCCCAAGCUCACUCCGCAACCUCAGCCCUGCGGGAGGCUCUACACCGGAAUGCUGCCUCAAGCGGUCAACCCGCUGGUCACUCAACCGGUCAUCAUGCUCAGAAUCACAUCAAACCUAGACCGCCGGUCAAAUCAUCCAAUGCCAGGAAGCCAAUCAGCAUCCAGAGAAUGGCCAGGACCACCCAGUUAGAUGAACCCCCUGUUUCCUCCUCAACCUUCUACUCUGGACUGAAGUACAACAAUAUGACGGGUGUUUCAAAGGUACCUUCAGCAUCAGGCAAUAUUUACAGCUCUGAUUUUCAUGCAGCAGCGGUGAGACAUUGACGAUUAGACACUGGUACUCCCAGGUGAUACCAUCUUGGUUUACGCCCUUUGUGAGAUGCCACGCCCUUAGUGAGAUGCCCUGUCCUUAGUGAGAUGCCACGUCCUUUGUGAGAUGCCACGCCCUUAGUGAGAUGCCACGCCCAUAGUGAGAUGCCUCAUGCUUUGUGAGAUGCCACGCCUUUUGUGAAUGCUAUCAGCGAGAUGCUUGAAGUCUAUUCUUUGAUAAGGUCUUGGCAUGGUCAUGAGCAUCCUAUUUUCGACUCAUCAUGACAAGGAUCAACAACUGAGAUCAAAAAGUCUGCUUGGCCGUUUAACUUUAAGCAGCAAAAUGUUAAUUCAAAUGUAUUCUAAAGAGACAAUUUAUUUCCACAAUACAUUCCUAGUUUUUAUUUUGUUUAUGUUAUUAGUUUUAUUUCUUAUUUCUUAUUUUUAUUCAUUUAAACAUUUUUUUUUUUUAAUUAUUAUUAUUAAUAUUUUUAAUUGGGUAAGUCUAGAUGAACAUGAAAUCAAGAAGAAAUAUUUGUUGAUUUAUUUACUCUCAUUUUAUGUGCGAAAAUAGCAAUAGUCUUGCACAAUAUCAAGAAAACAUUCCGUGAAACAUUUUAUUCUGCAGAAACAAAACAUUGUGCAAGUACAAUGUACUACAAAGGUUAGUUUUGUGGUUCAAAACCAAAUAAAAUCUGUAGAAUUUUAAUUUAUGUGUAUGUAGCAGUAAUGAUAACUAUUAUGACAAUAAGCAGAGUUGUGUUCUCAUCAGGUUUAUGUUUGCUGCAAUGUUUUAGAGUCCAGGGCCCAAUUUUAAAGAGGUACUCGAGCAGAACAAAGUAGCUAAGCACAACAAAGUUAUGCCAACAAGAAUAAGCCAAAGUGCCUGUCACAUAUACAUAAUUUAUUUAAGCAAUAUUUUCUGUUUAAGCAGAACAAAUAUGCUUACCAGAACAAGGUUACAGGCCAAACUACGAUAAGUAGAAACUUGUUAAGCAAUAUUUUCUGCUUAAGCUAUUUGUGACUUGUUUCUUGCUCAUUUCUGCUCUGCAGAAACUCGUUAAGAACUAUUUUCUGCUGAAGCAGCUCUAUGAAAUUAGGCACUGGUGACACAUAGAGACCCUCCUGCCACAGUUACAGCUUUGGUCUUGAAAAGGAGUUAUGCAUAACUUUGUAACAAAUAGGAUGUGCACUGUGUUGAAACCAGGGCGGUGCCCGCCACUCACAUUCACACUAACCCAGACUCCAAUGUGGUUAAUACUUUUGUUUCUUCCAGGAAUAAAACAAAAAAUGGUUUGAUAGCUCGCUUGACCAAACAUCAUGUUGUAGGGUCGAAAAAGCAGCGUGUUCAUUCACAUUCACUCAAAACCAGUUUAUACUUUUGUUUAUGCAGCGACUACACACAGCAGUUGUCGUGGUGCCCCUUGCUUUUGCUGUGGUGCCCCUUUGCAAAGUUUCAAUACAGAUUUACAUUUUCCUCAUAGAAGUGCCCCUUACCAGAGCAAAAUUACUGUACCCCUUCAAGAAGGAAUUUCGGGGCCUGGCUUGUUUUCAACAAAAAGGCCAUGUUAACAAUAAAUACAUAAGUUGGGCACAGUGUAAAAAUGUGGGACGUUCAUUCACAUCCGCUCAAAACCAUAUUCUGGUGGUUUAUAUUUGUGUGUGAUUUCAAAGAAAAAGACUGUCACUGGCUCUAUGGUUUACUACAUGGUUUCCAGUCGCUAACAUAAACCUUCCAUCGUGGAAACCAUUCAUGUUCAUGUACUCCUUGUGAACUCCUGAGAAGAGUCAAUCAGGAGAGAGCGGCAGUCUACCGCAGACAACAACAAUGUAAACGGAUCCCUCGCAGGGGCAUGUGUACCCAACCCAAGUAACAAAAGUCUAGCCCACCACAAGACACCUGUAAUGAAGUGGCAGCCAAGAAUAUGUUACGUGACACCAAACCAGAAAUGAAACAAAUACAUAAACUGUGGCAAUUAAAACAACAUGGGUAAUCCAUGGGUGGGGGUGGCUUGAGAUAUGGUUAAUUUUUUUCCUUUAUUUUUUCAUUCAUAAGGGGUGGGAACCGAUUGAAAGAGACAAGGAAAGGUCAAAGAGAGGUCCCGAGCUAAAUGUGAAGGAUGGUUCAGGCAAACUUUUUUUUUUUUUUUAAUGUCUGAGCAAUUACAGGGUUCAGAUCACGAUUAUUAUUAGAAGGAAUUUGGUUUCAAAUUUGAGGUCUUUUUUAUUAUAGGCUCAAUUGAAUUUACUCAAUAUAUGGGAGAUUGCUUCUCGAAUUGCUGUGUCCAUUUGACCUUCUUCCUUCUAGGAAAGGGGAGUCUAAGGCUGUAACGAAGCUGUCCAACCUGAGUUUAGUCCGAGCCAAGGCUCCAUGUGGAGUUAUAAACCACCAGUCCCCAAUUGCCAUUGACUUUGUAAAAGCACCCUGCCAUGGUCCCAUACUUCUCCCUUUUCUUGUUUCUCGCUAUAUUUUGAAACAAUUCACACAAGAGCAAAAUCCCAUCAAUCACAAUGCUCGGCAAAACAAAUUAUUUUCCAAAUUAUUUAAUUUGAUAUGUAUGCUUUCAAACAAAAACUCACUGUCAUGAACUUGAAAGGAAAUCACAAUGUUAUGCCAAUGCUACAUAAGUUAAACCUAUAAAGAAGACCAUGGUCGCCGUUUGUUGACCAGUUACCAUGGUAGCCAUUACAGGCGGGACCCACAUAUCAGACAGAAACAAUGGUUGAAAAAUGAAUGUCUGUGCAUGAAACCAGUCUGUGUUGUUUACAUCACUUGAGAAGUCCCUGAUCUUGACUUCCUGCCAGCUGAUCCGUUAGAUUACUUCAGGAAAUGCUGGCAUUCUUUUGCCAAGCCCAAAAGACAGCAAAAACUAGCACAGUUAGAGUUUCCCAGUAUGUUGAACUUGUGCUUAUCCCUCAGAUCUAAAUGAAUUUGAUUUGGUGAAAAGACGGUUCUAUUUCAUUCCAUGGUGGGAAAUCUGUCAUGGCGGACAAAGUUUCUCACAGAAACUUAUGAGUAGCUUUAAUUCUUCUUCACAAACUUGAGCCUAUAGGGCUCAAUUCAAGGUUCAGCUUUCACAAACUUGAACCUACAUGCAUAGAACUCAAUUCAUGGUUCAGCUUUCACAAACUUGAACCUAAAGCACUCAGUUCAUGAUUCAGCUUUCACAAACUUGAACCUUUUGCACUCAAUUCAGGGUUCAGCUUUCACAAACUUGAACCUAUAUCACUCAAUUCAUGAUUCAGCGUUCACAAACUUGAACCUAUAUCACUCAAUUCAUGGUUCAGAUUUCACAAACUUGAACCUAUAGCACUCAGUUCAUGAUUCAGCUUUCACAAACUUGAACCUAUAGCACUCAAUUCAGGGUUCAGCUUUCACAAACUUGAACCUAUAUCACUCAAUUCAGGGUUCAGCUUUCACAAACUUGAACCUAUAGCACUCAAUUCAGGGUUCAGCUUUCACAAACUUGAACCUAUAGCACUCAAUUCAGGGUUCAGCUUUCACAAACUUGAACCUAUAGCACUCAAUUCAGGGUUCAGCUUUCACAAACUUGAACCUAUAGCACUCAAUUCAGGGUUCAGCUUUCACAAACUUGAACCUUUAGAACUCAAUUCCUGGUUCAGCUUUCAAAAACUUGAACCUAUAUCACUCAAUUCAUGGUUCAGAUUUCACAAACUUGAACCUACAUGUAUAGAACUCAAUACCUGGUUCAGCUUUCACAAACUUGAACCUAUAUCACUCAAUUUCUGGUUCAGCUUGCACAAACUUGAACCUAUAUCACUCAAAUUAUGGUUCAGCUUUCACAAACUUGAACCUACAUGUAUAGAACUCAAUUCAGGGUUCAGCUUUCACAAACUUGAACCUAUAGCACUCAAUUCAGGGUUCUUUUCUCACAAACUUGAAUCUAUAGCACUCAAUUUAUGGUUCAGCUUUCUUGUUUGGUUGAAAGAACAACAGUUUGCCCUCUUUCUAGAACGGUAGUUCCUCUCCACUAGAGGGGUAUAUAUCAUAGAGUGUUCUCAGGUCAGUUCUAUACUUUCUCAUACAGCACUUGACAAUAAUGUUGACUAUGCAUUGCUUAUCACUUCUAAGUGGCAUGCUGAAUCAAGUAUGUUGAGUGCAUACACUUUCCCUGAACAUGAAACACUAUCAUGUAAACAUGACAUUUGAUGAAAGCAUACCAUAAGCACCAACUCUUCUUCAUACCGAAUAGCCAUGAAAUUGAGUCCUUUAUUUCCUUUGGGUAUGUUUACCAUGUGUAUCUCAUUGGGGAUACUGUUACACAUGUUGCAUUUAAGAUGAGUUGUGUGGAUUGUGUUUUUUUUUACAAUUUUGUUUUAGGCCUAUUGAACACAUUUUAUUUAAAUGACAAAGUUAUAUAAAUUGAAUGAGCCAUGUACAAGUACAAUGCAUGAUUUUUGGGCAUCAGCAUCCCACUGGAAAUUUGGCCCCUCCCCUUGCACCACCCUUAGCCAGCACACACAUCCUCCCCCACCCAACACCGCCCCUACCCAGGGAUGGGCUGGCAGCCCAUCCCCCACCCCAACACUAUCCCCACCCCUAAAGUUAUGUCUUAUGUUUUUACUUUGUAAAUAAAUUUAUUUUGUUUAAGCUUAGAUCGUUUUGUAUUUACUUUUCAGAAGUUUUUAA